UUGACGAUAAUCGACGAAGUCAAAGUCAUAUCUGGAGACUCGUAAUUUCCACAUCCCCUCCGGACCACCUAAAGGCGGAAGCUACGGGCACACUAAUCUCCAUUAACUUCCCUCAUCGCGCACCCUUCUCUCUCUCUCCUGUCUAGAUCUUGACUGCAGCUCGUUCAGCAAUCGCCGCCGGCAAAUAUGAACGGCCGGUGGGCUACCCUUUGCUCUUCCACGCUUCUGCUUCUUUCCAUGGCGCUAACUACCGUGUCAGUCACGCCAGAGGACGACGUGCGGUGCCUUCGCGAACUAAAACAAUCCCUGGGCGAUCCCGAUGGCAAACUCGCCUGGAAUUUCUCUAACAACACGGUCGGAUUCGUCUGUAACUUAGUGGGCGUGGCGUGCUGGAAUCCCCAAGAAAAUCGCAUCCUCUCCCUCAGCCUCCCCUCCAUGUCUCUUACGGGAAGCAUCCCAUCUGCCCUAAAAUUUUGCAGUGUUGUUAACGCCCUUGACCUAUCCGGCAACUCUCUCACCGGCCCCAUCCCCCCAGACUUCUGCGAAUGGAUGCCCUAUGUAGUCAAUCUCGAUCUCUCCGGAAACAGACUAACGGGCUCAAUCCCCCCUGAGCUCUCUAACUGCAGCUUCCUCAAUUCUCUUACCCUCUCUUCCAACUCUCUAUCCGGCACAAUCCCCGCCUCCCUCUCCCGCCUCGCCCCCCCGCUCAACCGACUGAAGCACCUCGAUCUCUCUCAUAAUGCUCUCUCCGGCGAGAUCCCACCAUCCCUUGCCUCUUCAUUCCCUUCCUCCUCGGUCUUUGACUCUAACGACGGCUUAUGCGGCCGCCCCGUUUCAUCGCACUGCGGCUCCCGCUCCCACACCAGUCUCAUCAUCAUCAUCGCUGCCGGCGUCUUCGGUGCACUAGCUUCUGUUGCCCUCGCCUUCUUCGUCUGGAGAUGCUACUUCUCCUCUGAACAGAAGAAGACCGGAGAUGUCAUCUCCGGCGAGGAGGGUAGACUUUGGGUGACACGGCUUCGGACAUCCCACAACCGUCUGUUGCCGGUGUCUCUGUUCCAGAAACCAAUCGUAAAGGUUAAGCUGGCCGAUCUGCUUUCGGCCACUGGUGAUUUCCACCAGGAGUACAUCAUCAUCGCCGGGAGCGAACGGGUGGGAACUUCUUUUAAAGCUGUUCUUCCCGACGGCUCAGCCCUCGCCGUUAAGCGUCUGAAUGGUUGCUCCCUUGGAGAGAAGCAGUUUCGUGCCGAGAUGGGCCGGAUCAGCCAGCUCCGCCAUCCCAAUCUCGUCCCCUUGCUUGGUUUCUGCGUGGUGGAGGAUGAGCGCUUCCUAGUCUACAAGUACAUGCCCGAUGGAGCCUUAUCUUCUCUUCUCCGAUCAUCCGCCGGUAGUCUUAAAUGGCUGGCUAGACUUAGAAUCGGCAUAGGAGCUGCACACGGCCUUGCGUGGCUGCAUCACGGCUUUCCGACUCCAUUUUUGCAUCAGGCAAUAACUUCAAGCGCCAUUCUUCUUGACGAGGAUUGGGAGGCUCGGAUCACCGACUUUGGCCUACCAAGGCUUGUUAGCUCAUCCUCGGCUGAUGCUGGCGGAGCGAGGUCUGCCGGCGCGAGCCCAUUUCUGAAUGGAGAUUUUGGUGAAUUUGGUUACAUUCCGCCAGAGUACGCCAGCAACCCCAUCGCGACUACCAAAGGGGACGUUUAUGCAUUUGGUGUUGUGCUUCUGGAGCUGAUCACUGGGCAGAAACCUACAGAAGUCUCCUCAGACUUCACUGGAGAAGUUUUCAAGGGGAAUUUGGUGGAUUGGAUCAAUCAGCUCGCUGCAGCUGGCCACUUGUCCGAGUCUUUUGAUUGGAGUCUCAGAGGUGAGCAAAACGACGGGGCAAUUUUACAAUUUCUAAAGAUUGCAAUGAGCUGUGUGGCAUACAGACCCAAGGAGAGACCUUCCAUGUACCGUGUCUACCAAUCUCUGAAGAGCAUAGGGGAUAAGUACAACUCCUCAGAGCAGUUUGAGGAGUUCCCGCUUGUUUAUGGCAAGGAAGAUUCAGAUUCACUUUGAAGGUAGUUAUGAAAAGCUGCAUUUUGUCAUAUAGAUAGGAAAUUAUGAAGUCAACUCCACUGCAGACUUCGAUGUGUUAUUGAAUCAAAGUAAUCAUCUCAUUUGUGCUAAUAAUGGAGUUUAUUGAAGUAGCAGCGAGAAGUUGCUGCUCGCUUAAUUGAUCUCCAUGUUGUAGUUGCUCUGAGAUGGGUGUAACCUGUAGCUUGUACCUUUCUGUUAAAUAAAAGAAUUGAAAUAGGCUUUAGUUGAUGAUCAGCUUUUUAUUUCAAUGU